AGCCUCUCUCUGGACUCCAGCUGCUUCUCUUCUCCACCUGUGAACUUCCUUCAAGAACUGCCAAGCUACCAGUCCACUGCACGCAGGAGGACUACCAUCCUUACACGAGACAAGCAACGUGGCACUUUGCUGAAGCCGACAGACUCUUACAGGUCUCCCCUGGAGGGAGAGAUUACUGAAAACCUCAAUAGCCAGUCCAUUCGAAAUUAUGCACUGAACAUCUCUGAGAAGCGGAGACUAAGGGACAUUCAGGAGACCCAAAUGAAGUAUUUAUCUGAGUGGGACCACUGGAAACAGUACAGCAGCAAGUCUUGGAAGAGGUUUCUAGAAAAGGCUCACGAGAUGACGACCCACCUGGAACCGUGGCGGGAAAACAUCCGCAACAUAGAAGGGAAAUUUGGCACCGGGAUUCAGUCUUAUUUCUCCUUCUUACGGUUCCUGGUGUUGCUGAAUUUGGUGAUAUUUCUGAUCAUCUUUAUGCUGGUUUUGCUCCCAGUCUUGCUUACCAAAUAUAAGAUCACCAACAGCAGCUUUGUGCUCAUUCCAUCCAAAGGCAUUGAUAUACAAUGUACAGUAUACCCAAUAAGUAGCUCUGGACUCAUUUACUUUUACAGUUAUAUCAUAGACUUGCUUUCUGGCACUGGUUUCUUGGAAGACACCUGCCUCUUUUAUGGACAUUACACCAUCGAUGGGGUGAAAUUUCAGAACUUCACCUAUGAUCUACCUCUAGCUUAUUUGGUAAGCACAAUUGCUUACCUGGCCCUGAGCCUUCUUUGGAUAGUAAAAAGGUCUGUGGAGGGGUUCAAAAUCAACCUGAUUCGGAGUGAGGAGCACUUCCAGAGUUACUGCAACAAGAUCUUUGCUGGCUGGGACUUCUGUAUCACCAACCAAGACAUGGCAGAUAUGAAGCACAUCAGCUUGCAGAACGAGCUCCAGGCAGACCUGGAAGAAGAGAGAAUACGGCAGAAGAUAGCAGAAAGGACCUCAGAAGAAACAAUACGGAUUUACUCUUUGAGACUGUUUUUGAACUGCAUUGUCCUGGCUGUUUUAGCAGCCUGCUUUUAUGCAAUCUAUAGAGCAACUAUAUUUUCACAAGAACACAUGAAAAAAGAGAUUGACAAGAUGGUUUUUGGAGAGAACCUCCUGAUACUGUAUCUGCCAUCUAUUGUGAUCACGCUGGCCAAUUUUAUCACUCCAAUGAUUUUUGCCAAGAUCAUUCACUAUGAAGAUUAUUCCCCAGGCUUUGAGAUCCGGCUGACAAUCCUUAGGUGUGUCUUUAUGCGACUGGCCACCAUCUGUGUGCUGGUGUUCACCCUGGGCUCCAAGAUUACAUCCUGUGAUAACUACACGUGUGAACUCUGCGGCUACAACCAGAAACUGUAUCCGUGCUGGGAGACCCAAGUGGGGCAGGAAAUGUACAAGCUAAUGAUCUUCGAUCUCAUCAUCAUCUUGGCCGUGACACUUUUUGUGGAUUUUCCUAGAAAGCUCCUGGUGACAUACUGUUCCUCCUGGAAGGUGAUUCAGUGCUGGGGGCAGCAGGAAUUUGCCAUUCCUGAUAAUGUUCUAGGAAUCGUUUAUGGGCAAACCAUUUGCUGGAUCGGAGCCUUUUUCUCACCACUUAUCCCUGCAAUCGCAACCGUGAAAUUAAUUAUCAUCUUUUACGUGAAAGAGAUGAGUCUUCUUUAUACCUGCAGACCCUCUCCAAGGCAGUUCCGAGCAUCCAAUUCUAAUUUCUUCUUCCUGUUGGUGUUGUUGAUUGGUCUAUGUUUGGCCAUAAUACCUCUGACAAUCAGCAUGGCACGCAUCCCGUCCUCCAAAGCUUGUGGGCCGUUCACCAACUUCAACACCACCUGGGAGGUGGUUCCCAAGACGGUGAGCACAUUCCCCAGCUCGCUGCAGGCGCUGAUCCACGGCGCCACGUCCGAGGCCUUUGCGGUGCCCUUCUUCAUGAUCAUCUGUCGUGACAAGCGAUAUCUAAUCCAGAAACUAACAGAAGCCCAAAAGGAUAUGAGGAACCGGCUAGACUGA